UGGAUGUCGCAGCCGCAUUUCACCGUUGUCGUUUGAAAUUCGGCCCAAAAUGGCGGCGGCGGCGGCGGCCGGGAGCGGGGCUGAGGCGGCGGCGGCCAGGCUGGAGGGGGCGGAGGAAGAGGAGGAGACGGCGGCCGCGGCAGAGGACGAGGAGGACGGGGAAGAAGACGGCAGCGGCGCUGGCAAGGCGGCGUGCGCGGCGGCGGCAGCAGCAGCAGGCGGCGGCGAUGGCGAGAGCGAGGAGGAGGAGGAGGAGGACGUGUUCGAGGUGGAGAAGAUCCUUGACGUGAAGACCGAGGGGGGUAAAAUUCUCUACAAAGUACGGUGGAAAGGAUAUACCUCUGAUGAUGAUACCUGGGAACCAGAGGUUCAUUUGGAAGACUGCAAAGAAGUGCUGCUUGAAUUCAGAAAAAAAAUUGUGGACAAUAAGCCUAAACCUGUUAAAAAAGACAUACAGAAACUAUCUCUAAAUGAUGAUGUAUUUGAAGCAGAAUCUGACAGUGACUGGCAAAGUGAAACGAAAGAUGAUGUUUCACCAAAGAAGAAAAAGAAGAAGUCAAAAGAUGGAGAGGAUAGAAGUCCAGAUGAUCUGAAGAAGAAGAAGUCUAAGUCUGCAAAACUUAAAGAAAAACCCAGAACAGAAUGUGAAAAUUCCUCAGAUACUUUGGUUUUAGAUUCAAAACCAAAAAAAAGGACUUCAGAAACCAAGGAGGAUUCAAAGGACCCAAAGAAGCAAAGGAAAGAAGAUACUAAAGAAAUCAAGAAAAAGAAGGGAGAAGUUAAAGAUUUUAAAAUAAAAUCUAAAGAGGAUUCUAAAGAAAAUAAAAAAUCACGGAAGGAGAAGCAUGGAGAUGUUCAGUUUGACUCAGAAUCAAGUACUCUAGACGAUGUAUUUUCUCAAGGAACUGAUAAUGAAAAUUCAGACUUAAAUUCUGAAAACAAAGACGAGAAGCAAAAGGUAAUAAGUGGAGAAGAGAGAUUGGAACAAGAAAUUGCUGAAAAAGAUUCCAUUGCUGAUAGGCAUCUUGAUGGAUCAGCAAGUAAUGAAGAUGAUAGUAUUGAUGUUAAAGUUAAAAGAAAGAAGAAAAAAAUUCAGAAAGCUGAAGAUUGUAAAGAGGAAGGUAGAAAAGUGGAAACUCAAGACGCCUAUUUAGAGAAGAAAAGCAUGCACAAAAAGCAAAAAGGUCAAGAAAAAGUAAAAAUGGUACCAGGAGAGUUGGAGAAAGUGUCACCUGCUCCUUUACCAGUGCAGAAGGGUUUGAAAUUGAGUGCUGAUGAAAGAGGGCUCAAGUCCACUGAUUCAACUGGGGAGGAGAAAGAAGUAAAGAAAACUGAAACAAAAGAAAAAUCUCAAAAAAAAGAGUCUGAAAAAGAAGAAAAGAGCAGAAAAGAACAAAAGGGCCUAAAAAGCUUUAAGGACAUCAAAAGUGCAUUUGACUUGUUUAAUGUAGCUUCAGAAGAAAAAAGUGAAUAUUCUGAGAAUAACUGCAAAAGAGAAGAAUCUUCGCUAGAAUAUAAAUUCAUAGAAGAAUUAAAAUCAAAAGACAGCAAGGUGUACAAGGAAAGGAGGAACGUAAGAGAUGAAACAGACACAUGGACUUACAUUGCUGCAGAAGGGGAUCGAGAAGUAGUGGAUAUGUGUCAAAUGGAGAACUCUGAUGGCAAACAACAAGUCUUGAGUUUGGGUAUGGACAUGCAGUUAGAAUGGCUGACACUAGAAGACUUUCAGAAGCAUCUUGAUGGAGAGGAUGAGAAUCAUGUGUCAACAGAACCAAUAUCAAGUACUCUCCUGAGGGAUGCUGUUAAAAGUGGAGAUUAUAUGACAGUAAAGAUGGCACUUUCUUCAAACGAGGAAUAUAAUCUGGAUCAAGAGGACUCAAGUGGAAUGACCCUGGUAAUGCUUGCUGCUGCUGGUGGGCACGAUGACCUUCUCCGGGUCCUAAUCAGGAAAGGAGCUAAAGUUAAUGGUAGACAGAAAAAUGGAACAACUGCAUUGAUACACGCAGCUGAAAAGAAUUUUCUAACAACAGUAGCUAUUCUUCUGGAAGCUGGGGCAUAUGUGAACAUGCAGCAGAGCAGUGGUGAAACUGCUUUAAUGAAGGCUUGUAAAAGAGGGAAUUCUGAUAUAGUGCGGCUUAUGAUUGAAAGCGGAGCAGACUGUAAUAUUUUGUCAAAGCAUCAGAACAGUGCACUGCAUUUUGCUAAACAAUGUAAUAACGUACUGGUGUAUGAGCAGCUCAAGAGUCAUUUGGAAACGCUCUCAAGAGUAGCAGAAGAUACCAUCAGGGAUUAUUUUGAAGCUCGUCUUGCUUUACUGGAGCCAGUCUUUCCAAUUGCGUGUCAUCGUCUCUGUGAAGGGCCAGACUUUUCUACAGAUUUUAACUAUAAACCCCCACAAAAUGUUCCAGAAGGAUCUGGAAUUCUUCUCUUUGUUUUCCAUUCAAAUUUCUUUGGUAAAGAAGUCAUUGCUCGUCUCUGUGGACCAUGCAGUGUACAAGCUGUGGUUUUAAAUGACAAAUUCCAGCUCCCUGUAUUUUUGGACAGUCACUUUAUUUAUUCCUUCAGCCCUACUGCAGGCCUUAACAAGCUUUUUAUACGGUUGGCAGAAGCUCCUACUGCCAAGGUAAAGCUGCUAAUAGGAGCAUACAGAGUGCAGUUGCAGUGACCUCACAGCUGCGAGCAUGUUGAGUGGACUGACAGUUUUUUGGAUAUACUUCUGAUUCCUCUGUUUAGAGACUAAGCAGUUUGGACCUUUUUGGCACUCUUAAGACUUAAGUUCUCAUCUUGCUGCCACUCAUUAGCAGUCACAUAGGAAAGUGUGUGUUGGAGAGCAGUUGAAUACGCUGGGAGAGGUAUAUGGUGGGACAGGGUUGUCAGCUUUUUUUUUUUUUACUUUGUACAGAUGUAGAUGUAAGUAUUUGUGCCAAUACAUACAAUUCUUUUUUUCUUUAACUUGUGGAGUCCAGACUGCGUAUUUCAGCUUUUCCACAAUGUGGAAUGGUGCAUAUAAGAACUAUUUAAGGUAACUAUGUGAAAUGUCUUUUUUAAUAGAAAGAUCUUUUCCAUUUGUAAACUAAAAUUUUCUACUUACUCUAACUGUAACGUUUCUAUGUAAAAUGCAGAAUUGUCAUAUUCUUGGAGCUGUGGGCAGAAAUUACACUUCAAAGUCACUGCAUUAGAUUUAACUUUGAGUUGCUGAGGGCUGUGUUCUGGUUUGAAACUGUUCCUGCUACUGUCUCCUGAUGAGAAAGCAGUUAUGCUUAGAAUGAUUCCCUUUGAAGAAACACAGUUAGGUCUGCAGGUAUGAGCAAAGACAGACAGACAUCUGAAUAGGCUCAAUUCAUAGAGGAUCGCAGUCAGAUUCCUAGUUACAUCAGUGUUUUAAAACUACUUUUGUAUUAGAGAAGCUACUGAUAGUUUUACAGACAUCUUAACUUUUGAGUUCUUAGUCAAGUGACACAUGGGAAAACAAAUAGAAGCUGAAAAUAGCAAACCAGAAAACUUGUAACUACCUUAAAUGUGCAGGCAAUGCUUUUUGUAGACAAAAAGAUACAUAGAGGAUUUCAGAUGUUCUCAACCUGACAGAUGAGAGAACAUGUAUUGUCCUUUAAUUCAGAAAUUCAGUUCCUCAGUGCAAAGAGCUGCUAUUUUUUUUUCUUUAUUUAAAUGACCCAUUUUAUCAGAUGACAGCAGUUCUGUAACGGUCCUGUGCUAUAAAAUACAAAUGUAAUACUUCUGCAUGAAGUAUAGAAUAUUUUUCUUUGUGAAUUAACCAACAUCUUGAAAAGUGGAAGAAGAAUGGAAAAAAGAAAAAAAAAAUACCCAGAUUGUGCCUUUGCUGUUCUGGUUGCCAGGUGUAGUUUACAUGCCACUAUGUGCCUAUAUUAUUAGCAAAACUGUUGUGGAUAAAUGCUUGAUGUAUUUGAGUACUCACCAUCAAAAUGGUGCAGAUGUAUUAAGAAGUAUCCUGUUAAGAACUGUGACUUUUUAAUAUAAAGUUCAAUUAACCAGUUUUUAAUUUUGGGUUCUUUGAAAGUUUAAAACUUUCAUAUUUAAGAGAUGCCAAACGAGUAAGUAACAAAGCACACUAUUUCAAUUUUGUGGAAUGUCACAUUAAGCUAUAUAAAACUAGAACAGCAACACAACAUAAUAAUACUCAUUUCUGUUUUGAUUUUGAAUAGUUGCCUAUCUUUUUGCAAACAGUAUUGAUGGGAUGUUAAUAAGUCUGGGUUUUGAACAGACUUGGUACCUCCACCUCUCUGAAAUAUUAGAUACCUCAUUUUGGUAAGUGUGAACACCUGAAAUGCAUGAAAAGCACUGGCUGAGAAUCAGGUAUGUCACUACCAGCCCUUGGGACUUUGUGUAGCUGUAUUUCUUUUUAGUCACUGUGCAUAAUCCCAGAAGAUGCAUUAGGAAAGGGGACAUUCAUAAGUGUUUCCUUAUGUUAGAGUGACAGUUUUCAUGUAUGUAGCUACCCCUUCCUCAGUUACUCCUGCAUUGUACAUGUAACAGUAUAGUGCAUGUGUGAUAAGCUCUGUACAGCACGUCAGUGGUAAAUGUUCAAGCUGUUCAAGGUGAGGACAAAAGGGUUUUCAACAAAAGUCCAUAUAAUAGAGAUGCUAUUUAGAAACUGUUGUACAGUCUAACCUGAAAGUGUCUAGUAAUGCUCCAAGAGUUGACUUAGCAAGUAGUUUGUCAAAGGCUGUUGAUCUGGGGGUUUGUUUUGGUUUUUUUUUUUUUCUUCCUUGAGGCAUUUGGGAGAGAGGGAGGAGUUCUACAGGACACGGGAAUAAAAUCUGGUUCAUGAUGCUUUUGUGAAGGGAUGGGUUUUGCAGCCAUCUUUCUCUUUUAGUUGGCAAUAUAAAUUCAAAUCCCUACUGAAGAUGCAUAAAAGGCAUAUGAAAAGA